GCGGGGGAGCCAAAACUGGCAACCCUGCCCCAACUGCCAAAGUCCUAUUUUGUCAUUGGGUGGCUGUGACAGAGAGAGGGAGCCAAGAGAGAAAUAACAGAGAGAGAGAGCGAGAGACUAUGAUUGGAUGCCAGUGAUAGAGUAAAAGACUAAAGCAGCUUGUGAAUUUUCUUAGUUGCCAUGGGCCCUUGGGGGUCGAUCAAGUGGUACUGCUGACUCACAGAGCAAAGGACAGAAGACACAUGAAGAAACAACAACAAAAAAACACUAGUGACAAGAAGUAACUAAGGACAACUAGGCUUUUAUAAGUAACAGCGCAAGAGAAGCAGAGAGUGAGGGGCACACAGGGUGAGCGCCUCGUCCAGACGGUCUUCAGUGUGUUGCCUCCACGCACCAGAGAUAACAGGAUAACAGAAAUCCACCAGUCUAUCAUCUAUCUGUUCAUCCAUCAAGCCAGCCAGUGAGGAAGAGGCAGAGACAUGAAGAGACCUCACGACUACAGCUCCCCAGACUCGGACACAGACGAGUUUAUUGACGUGGGACAGGAAGACGGCUAUUGCCCAGUCACCGGGUCCAUGUCUCCUGGCAGCGCCUCACAGAUUCUGGCUCGAAAGAAGAGAAGAGGGAUCAUAGAGAAGAGGCGCAGAGACCGGAUCAACCAUAGCCUGUCAGAGCUCAGGAGACUGGUGCCCAGUGCUUUUGAGAAACAGGGUUCAUCUAAGCUGGAGAAAGCAGAGAUCCUACAGAUGACCGUGGACCACCUCAAACUUCUGCAUGCAAUGGGAGGAAAAGGUUACUUUGAUGCAAGGGCCCUGGCAGUUGACUACAGGACACUGGGCUUUAGGGAGUGUGUUGGAGAGGUGGUGCGGUACCUCAGCUCCCUUGACGGGGAGUCCCCGGACCCUGUUGGAGCCCGCCUGGUCUCCCAUCUUUCCCACUGUGCAAGUGAGCUAGACCCUCUCCUCUUACAGUCGCUCCCAGCCUCCACCCUGCCCUUUCCUCCUUGGCCGUGGGCGUCCUUCCCUCAGAUCUCCCCCACCUCACCAGCCUCUUCCUCACCUCCUUUCCCCAGUGGGCGAAGGGAUCUGGCCCUGCUGGGGAGCUACCCGUCUCCCGCCUCGCUCCGCCUUGCCCCCCUGGGCGGCUGCCAGCAGGGCGCACCACAGCUACUUGCGCCUACAGCCCUGGCCACCGUCCACAGGGUGCCCUCCCUCGCAACGUCCGCGGCCCUAGCUCCCUCAAGGCCGACCCAGCCGUCCCCUCACAGCGCCACCAGGGCCUCGCCUCUUCCUCUCCUCACCCCUUCCUCUUCCUCUCCUUCUACCUCCUCCUCUUCUACUUCAUCUUCUUCUGCUCCACUGCAAAUCUCUUUCAGGCCCUUCGCACCUCUAGGGUCGCCCACAGCCCAGCGCAGGGUCUUGAGCGGAUCAGCCAAGUCGGCCCAGGGAUGGGGGACUGAGAUUGGAGCUUUCUGAGGGUCAGCCGUGGUUUUGUUUUCCAAAUGAACUGUGUGCAGUGGACAUGGUACUUCCCAUGUGCACCAUGUAGCAAAUAUGAUACCUUUGGAGAAAGAAGUAUUGAACCUUUGAUUGUCUCUGCUUUGGAGGGACUCUAAAAGCCAUAUGAGACUGUGGGUGAAGUGUCAGAUAAUCACAAACAAUCGUAUAUAGUGGAAUAAUGAAGGAAUGUGAAAGAAUAGAGGAUUUGAAUAAAUUCACCUUCAUGAUCUUGCUUGACAAACACAUCCACAGUGUCACAGAGCCAUAUAUAUAUAUAUAUAUAUAUAUAACGCUCAACAGUGACGUUGAGUUUUUACUGAUCUUUUAACUGUGAUAUUCGUUUGUUUUUUUCAAAACAUUUAUACAUUUCAUUGCCUUUCUGAAGAUGUUUGACAAAAAUCUCUAUAAAGACUAAGUGCCUUUA